CUUCGCCAGGACAGGUAAUCCACUAGAAGGUACCUUGCCGAGACCGACCCAGUUUGGGGGAAUGGCACCGAACCCAGUAGAGGACACCUUCACGAAUCGUUGUUGAUGACCCUUAGUUGCUCCCAUUCUCUGUAUAUCUGGGUCCCUAACUGCCUCGAGGAUUCCCAUUCUUUUUUUUUUCUUCCCCUAGCCCCCCGUCCUCUCUUUGCCUUUGGGUUUCUGAUCCUCUCAUAUACAACAUCACAUUAGAGCUUCCCAGGUCUCCCUCGACGACAACCGGGACUCACCCAGCAGAACCCGUGUUAGCACCAACGUUAUUUCUUGCGUCUCGGUGACACGCACCCGACUUAAACCACAAACCACCAUCAACAGCGCCAUUGGGCGCAAACCAUAUACCAUGGCGCAACGAACUUUCUCGCCCCUGACAAUAGUCCUUGGCUGCGUCUUCUUCUUUUCCACACAUGUGUUUGCGGUUUCCGCAGUCCUCGGCAUUGACCUUGGCACCGAGUACAUCAAGGCCGCCCUCGUCAAACCCGGCAUUCCUCUCGAUAUCGUCCUGACCAAGGACUCCCGCCGCAAGGAGAUCUCUGCCGUCACCUUCAAGCCCCUCCAGGGAGGCCCCAAGUCCGGAGUCUACCCCGAGAGGCUCUAUGGCUCCGACGCCAUCGCCCUUUCCGCCCGCUUCCCCCACGAUGUCUACCCCAACCUAAAGACCCUCCUGGGUCUCUCCGUCGACGACCCCAUCGUCCAAGAAUAUGCUGCCCGACACCCUGCGCUGCAGCUCGAGAAGAACAAGAAACGUGGGACCGCUGCUUUCAAGAGCAAGGUCUUCACUGAGGAGGAGGAGGCAUGGCUUGUCGAAGAGCUUCUGGCCAUGGAACUGCAGAGCAUCCAGAAGAACGCCGAGGCUGCUGCUGGAUCUGGAACCUCGAUCCGCUCAAUCGUUCUGACUGUCCCUCCCUACUUCACCGUUGAGGAGAAGCGCGCCAUCCAGACCGCCGCUGACCUCGCCGGUCUCAAGGUUCUCAGCCUAAUCAGCGACGGCCUCUCCGUUGGUCUCAACUAUGCCACCUCCCGCCAGUUCCCCAACAUUAACGAGGGAGGCAAGGCUGAGCACCACUUAGUCUUCGACAUGGGCGCUGGCUCCACCAAGGCCACCGUGAUGAAGUUCCAAGGUCGCACUGUCAAGGACAUUGGCAAGUUCAACAAGACCGUGCAGGAGGUUUCCGUCAUCGGCUCUGACUGGGACAGGACUCUGGGUGGCGACGCGCUCAACUACCUCAUUGUCGAUGAUAUGGUCGCCCAGUUCAUCGAGUCCAAGGCCGCCAAGAAGAUCUCUGCCGACGCCGACAAGGUCAAGGCCCACGGCCGUGCCAUCGCGAAGCUGACCAAGGAGGCGGAGCGCUUGCGCCACGUCCUCAGCGCCAACCAGCAGGCCGGCGCCAGCUUCGAGGGACUCUACGAGGACGUUGAUUUCAAGUAUAAGCUCACCCGCGCUGACUUUGAGAAGAUGGCCGAGAGCCACGCCGCUCGCGUCGACGCUGUCAUUUUGGGCGCCCUUAAGACGGCCCAGCUUGAGCUCGCGGACCUGACCUCCGUCAUCCUUCACGGUGGUGCUUCCCGCACCCCCUUCGUCCAGAAGCAGCUGGAGCAGGUCGUUGGUUCCGCCGACAAGCUCCGCAGCAACGUUAACUCGGACGAGGCCGCCGUCUUUGGUGCGGCCUUCCGUGCCGCCGAGCUCAGCCCCAGCUUUCGCGUCAAGGAGAUUCGCAUUUCCGAGGGUGGAAACUACCCUUCUGGCAUGAAGUGGACCAACAACAAGAACAAGCUUCAGCACCAGCGUCUGUGGUCCGCCAUCUCUCCCCAGGGCGGUGUACCCAAGGAGGUCACCUUCACCAACCACGAAGACUUCGACGUCACCUUCUACCAGCAGAUCGGCUCCGCUGAACAGGACACCAAGGUCCUGACCACCAAGAAUCUGACCGCCUCGAUCGCGGAGCUCAAGGAGAAGUACUCUUGCGUCGACAGCGAUAUCCAAUUUAAGGUCGGAGUCAAGCUGAGCGGCGAGAACGGAGAAGUCGAUGUCACAAAGGCCACUGUCGAGUGCGAGGCCGAAGCCUCUGAAAAGGAGGGCUUUGUCGAUGGGGUCAAGAACUUGUUCGGGUUCGGAAAGAAGGACCAGAAGCCCCUGGACGGCGACGAAGACGCCGAGUCGUCGACGACCUCAUCCGAGUCUUCUGCCACUACCACGACUUCUACCAAGACCGACACGACCUCAGCCUCUUCCUCCCCCAGUCCCAGCGAUCCCACCUCUGAUGACAAAGAGCCCGCCAAGAAGAAGGUGCUCGUCACCAUCAACGUUGAUUUCACUCUCGAGAAGGCCGGGCGACCCGAUCUAUCCCGCGACGAUCUUAUCCAUUCCAAGGACCGCCUCAAGGCAUUUGAGGCUUCUGACAAGGCCCGCCGUCUGAGGGAAGAGGCCCUUAACCAGCUGGAGGGUUUCACCUACAAGGUCCGCAGUCUCCUUGAGAGUGAGACGUUUAUCGCCGCCUCCACUGCAGAGGAGCGCGCCACUCUGGAGAAGAAGAACAACGAAGCGAGCGACUGGCUCUACGAGGAGGGUGCCGACGCAUCACGUGAUGAUCUCAAGAAGAGAUACAAGGAGCUCCACGACCCCGUCGCCAAGAUCCAAAAGAGAAGUGAGGAGGCCGAUAAGCGCCCCGAACUCGUCAAGGCCCUGAAGGACGCUCUCAACUCGACCCAGUCCUUUGUCAACACCAUCAAGAAGCAGAUCGACGAGUAUGACGAGUGGCACGCGUCCGCAUCCACCGGGUCUUCGAGCAGCACCUCCACCGAGACCCCCUCGGCGACCCCCUCAGGCGACUUUGAUGACCUCGAGGACGACGAUAGCAGUAAAGAGCGUACGAUGGAUGACGUUGUCAAGGAGAAGGGCCCCGUCCCGCCGCUGUACAAGCGCGAGGACGUUGACGUGGUCGAUGACCUGUACGAGUCGACGACUAAGUGGCUCAAGGAGAUGGAGAAGAAGCAGGACGCCCUCACCGCGACGGACGACCCCGUUCUCCUCGUCAAGGACCUCCAGGCCAAGCGGGACAAGCUCGACAAGGCCGGCAUGGACCUCGCUAUGAAGGGCGUCAAGAACUUUGAGGGCAAGACCAAGAAGGCCAACAAGAGCGCAAAGACCAAGAAGACAAAAUCCGCCACCGCCACCGCCACCGCCUCCGCCUCGUCCGGCGACUCCAAGGAGAAGCCCACCACGACCGUUCCGUCUAAGAGCUCGACCGCUGAGCCCGAGGCCCCCGCCGGCCGGACUGUCGAGCUCCCCGGUGGUGGGAGCUACGUCCAGUUCGGCGCCGACGGCGAUACGCCGAGCGAGGCCGACAUUGAGGAGAUUCUCAAGAAGUUUGAGCAGUCGCAACAGGGCCAGGGCCAGGCUGGCGCUCAGGAGGACGCCCCAGAGCACGAUGAGCUCUGAGUGUCCUACCCUUGGGGUGAAAAAAGAGUACAGAGGGGAACGAGAGAUGCAGACAGCUUUGGAGUCUUUUUUUGAGCAUAAACCAUACCUAAGGCGUUUUUUCCAGAUGAAAUGAGAUAGCACACAACAAGUCCAGACGGGAAUUGAUCCAACCCCUGCCCUGCUGUGAUUGGCUUGCUGUAGCUGUAGCCCUUGGGAUGAGAGGCCAUCGUGGCCCCAACUGUGUCAAGUAUUUUCUUCUUGUCCUGCUGCCCCAUACGGUAAUCGGCCCCCGACCCCCUCCACCGCAAUCUUCGAGCCGAGUGUGCGACGUGAUUCCGACCUUGAAGACAACGAUCCCAAGCCAAGGCGACCCGGAUGCCUCGAAGGAGAUGAAAGCAAACACCAACCAGCCAACCAACCAUCUCGUC